AGCUCCGCCCCAGUCCCGCCCAGAUCUCUUCACAGCCCCUCCCCACUCAUCCCUCCCCUCCCAGCUCCGCCCAUACCGCACACAGCCAAUCCCCUCCCCUCAAGGCUCCGCCCACGACCCUCCCCUUUCUCGGGCCCAUCCCUUCACAGCUCCUCCCCUCACCACAGAGUCCCUCCAAACCACCUGGCUAUCGCACCCGGGCCGUGGUACAGAGCGGCCUCCUCCUAGUCGCCUCUCCGCCCUGACAACCUCUUCUUGCUGUCCUAGAACGUCCUCUUCGUCCAGGCCCCGCCCCCCCCCGCCCGCCGCUCUAGCCUCCGCUCCUCUCGUUGGUUCGCGCCCGGACAGCGCCGGGAGGAAGCCGGAGACCCGGCGGCAGCCGGCGGGUGGCAGGGUGGCGGGCGACGCCAAUCUACAGCUCGCCCCUGGGGUGGGGCCUCGCAGCUCAGCCAGCGCUGACGGCCUGCGCCCUAGCUCCUUCCAGGCCAGGUUCUGAAAACGGCGCUUCCCAGAGCGCAGAGACCAGGCCGAGUGGGCCUGCGCGCAACUCUCCCCAAGGUCUGGCACCCCGACUUGGAUUCCAGGGCCCCAGAACUCACGUCUAACCAGGUCAGGCCCUGCGCCGCUUUUUCCCUUCUUUUCCCGGCCAAAUUAGGUUCUUCCUCCCCACAAUUGUGUCCAGUGGCCCCAGGGCUCUGGAAAGUUUCGGAUGAGCCUUUCCCAAUAUUUAGAAAUGGGGCUCUGGAAACUGGUAGUCCUGGAGAGUCUCGCUUAGGGCUCCUGGUCGCCGGCUUCUGCGUUUUCUUCCAAUCCAAAGUUGAAGAGCCCCUUCUUGUUUCACAUUUACUACCACCCGAGGUGGCAUGGCCCCCAAGCCGUGGAGUGAGUGGAGCACGACCCUGUCCCACCUAGCGCUGGGAGUGGUGUCUCUGCACGCAGCGGUGAGCACUGCCCAGGCAAGUCGAGGGGCCGCUGCUGGCUUCCUGCUCCAGGCCUUGGCCUCUGCCACCUUGCUGGCCCCAGGGCUGGGCACAGAUGAAGACUGUCUUGCUGGAGCCUGGGUGGCCACUGUCAUCGGCCUGCCCCUUCUGGCCUUCGAUUUCCACUGGUGUACUAACGGUCACUUGAUGUGCGCUGGCUGUUUUAUCCACCUACUAGCAGAUGCCCGGCUGAAGGAGGAGCAGGCCACGUGCCCUAACUGUCGUUGUGAGAUCAGUAAGAGCCUCUGCUGCCGCAACCUGGCUGUGGAGAAAGCCGUGAGCGAGCUGCCCUCCGAGUGUGGCUUCUGCCUGCGCCAGUUUCCCCGCUCCCUCCUGGAGAGGCACCAGAAAGAGGAGUGCCAGGACAGGGUGACCCAGUGCAAAUAUAAGCGCAUCGGCUGCCCGUGGCAUGGCCCCUUCCACGAGCUGACGGUGCAUGAGGCUGCAUGCGCCCACCCAACCAAGACGGGCAACGAGCUGAUGGAGAUCCUAGACGAGAUGGACCAGAGCCACCGCAAGGAGAUGCAGCUCUACAACAGCAUCUUCAGCUUGCUCAGCUUUGAGAAGAUCGGUUACACAGAGGUCCAGUUUCGGCCAUACCGCACAGAUGACUUCAUCACGCGCCUGUACUACGAGACGCCAAGGUUCACGGUGCUGAACCAGACGUGGGUCCUGAAGGCACGCGUGAACGACUCGGAGCGGAACCCCAACCUGUCAUGCAAGCGCACACUCUCCUUCCAGCUCCUCCUCAAGAGCAAGGUCACGGCGCCCCUGGAGUGCUCCUUCCUGCUGCUCAAGGGCCCGUACGAUGAUGUAAAGAUCAGCCCCGUCAUCUACCACUUUGUCUUCACCAACGAGAGCAACGAGACGGACUACGUGCCACUGCCCAUCGUCGACUCUGUGGAGUGCAACAAGCUGCUAGCCGCCAAGAACAUCAACCUGCGGCUCUUCCUGUUCCAGAUACAGAAGUAGGCGGCGCCGUGCUGCCCGCGCCUGCCCCGCAGCGGCCUCGCAGUGCCGUCUGACCGUUUUAGCAGAGGAGAAGGAACAGAUGCAAACAUUGGGAAGGUCUGCAUGCGUGUGCGAAGGUGUGAGUGCUCUCACCUCGCCCUCCGCCCCGCCUCCCCUGUCCCAGGCACCGGAGGCCGGGCCACCUGCAGAGGAGACGGUGGCUCAGGGACACAAUGGGGCUAAGCCCGUGGCCAUGCCCUGGCCCCCGUGGCGCAGUGAGGCGCACCAUCUGCUCUGGGCUGCGCCCGGCCCCUGGGCCGGGCUCAGGGAGCACGCUGACUUCAGACGGCAUAUUUGAUUGCAAUUAAAAAGGCACCCUUGUUUCCUA